AUGUCAAACAAGCAAGGAAAGAUGGCCGGUUAUAUUAACUGGCGGAUGCGCGUGACGCUCAACGACGGCCGAGCAAUGACGGGACAGAUGCUCGCCUUCGACAAGCAUAUGAACCUUGUCCUCGCAGACACCGAAGAGUUCCGACGCGUAAAGCGACGCCAAGAUCGGUCUGCGCCCGGCGCCGGCGGCAGCCUGGUCGAGUCGGAGGAGAAGCGCACGCUCGGCCUCACCAUCGUUCGCGGCGCGUACAUCGUCUCGCUCUCCGUCGAGUCGCCUCCCCCCGCGGAUCCCAGCGCAAGACUAGGAAAGAGCGCGCCCGGCGGGAUCCCCUCGGCUCUGAGCGCUGGUCCCGGCGUCGCGAAGCCCGCCGGCCGCGGCGCGCCCGCCCCCUCCCUCGCUGGCCCUGCCCCUGGCCUCGGUGGUGGUGCUCCUCCUCCGGGCCUGCCUGCGUUCCCCGGCGCUCCUGGCUUUGCCGGUCGUGGCGGCCCUCCGCAGUUCCCCGGCGGCUUCGCUCCUCCUCCUGGUUUCCCGGGCGCUCCUCCUGGCGGCUUCCCCCCUCACGGCUUCCAGCCUCCUCCCGGUGGCGCGCCGCCUGGCUUCAACCCCGGUCCCCGACGAUAG